AUGGCUUCCAUUGCUGCAUCGAACGUCGUCUCUUUGAAGCCCGCCGGAAUCAAAUUCGGAGCCGCCGGCGAUGCCAGGGCUUGCCAUUUGAAGCAGUGGUCUCCGGUUUCGAGUACGGUUGGAUCGGGCCGGACCAUUGGCCUUCAGUACAGAUCCAAGAGCUCCUUCACUUCCUCCGGUGGUGUGAGGGCUCAGGUGGCCACGCUUGAACAAUCAAGUACAGGAGCAGUCCAAAAUGUGGAGGCUCCUGUUGUGGUGGUGACUGGAGCUUCUAGAGGCAUUGGCAAAGCCAUUGCUCUGGCUUUGGGCAAAGCUGGUUGCAAGGUUCUUGUUAAUUAUGCUAGGUCGUCAAAGGAGGCCGAAGAGGUUGCCAAAGAGAUUGAGGCAGUUGGCGGACAAGCUCUUACUUUUGGAGGAGAUGUUUCAAAAGAAGCAGAUGUUGAAGUGAUGCUCAAAACUGCAGUUGAUGCUUGGGGAACUGUUGAUAUACUGAUCAACAAUGCAGGAAUUACUAGAGAUGGUCUGUUGAUGAGAAUGAAGUUAAAGCAAUGGCAGGAUGUCAUUGACCUAAAUCUUACUGGUGUAUAUUUAUGUACCCAGGCAGCAGCCAAAAUUAUGAUGAAGAAGAAGAAGGGAAGGAUCAUCAAUAUAGCAUCGGUUGUUGGUUUAGUUGGCAAUGUUGGACAAGCCAACUAUAGUGCUGCAAAAGCAGGAGUAAUUGGCCUGACAAAGACUGUUGCUAAGGAGUAUUCGAGCAGAAACAUCAAUGUUAAUGCUGUUGCCCCCGGCUUUAUUGCAUCGGAUAUGACUGCUGAGCUAGGGGCUGACCUUGAGAAGAAAAUUUUACAGACCAUCCCCUUAGGAAGAUAUGGUCAACCUGAAGAGAUUGCUGGACUGGUGGAAUUCUUGGCCCUUAGUCCUGCAGCCAGCUACAUGACUGGACAGGUACUCACCAUUGAUGGAGGGAUGGUAAUGUAGGGCCACUAUCCUGCUCACCUCAAAGAGUGGAUUAGAGCUUGGACUAUGGAACGUAAUCACAGGAUUCAACUGGGUUUGGACGGAUCGUGUAGAAGCUCGUAUUACAAGUUCUUGCAGGUAGUUCAAUAAUAAAUAAUCCAGCAAGUUUUGAGAUAGAAUUUGAGUUUAGCUUGUCAAUGAAAAGAUGUCUACGAUGACCUCUUCUAGAACGUGUUUGCUAAAAUGGAAAUGUAGUUUCAGUCAAACUCAGACCGCUAAUGACAGCAUUAUAUUGAAUUUAGAGGACAUAAAGUACACGCUCGAUGUUCCAUUGGAACUACUCACAUGGAUGGAUGAAUGGUUCAAAUUAUGUAACUUUCUUCUUUUUUA